AUGGACGACCGCGUCCUCUUGCCCACCGACAAGGUCACAGCAUUGCUGAAACAGGAUCAUUUCCCCGUCGCCGAUGACGAAGAAGACGACGAGUCCGAGAAUGGACAACUCCGAGAGAUGGUUCAGCAGCUUUCGAAUCCGGACAGCGACCUCGCCCGGCGCGUUGAGGAGAUUAGCAUAGGAUCGCCUGCGAUGCGAGAAUAUGACUAUCGCCGGCGGUUUGAUGAGGAUGACGACGACGACGAGGAUGAUGAUGAGGAUGCUGAUGACGACUAUGACCAUGACCAUGACGAGGAGGAUGAUGACAACAGUAACAACGACGAGAUUAUCGCGAUUCUGCCCAACGUGCUGGAUUCCGCAGCACUCGAGCGCAUUCUCAACAGCGUCAAGAGCCUUCGCACCUUGUCAUGGUGCGUCAACAUGCCCAUUCCCCCCAACAUCCUCUCUCUUCUCCGACAGCCACAACACCACAACGUGCAUCUGCGUGUCCUCAAACGCCAAAUGUCCGACGACGCCGUCACUCUGCCCGAACUCGAUUUCGACUUGUUCAAUUCGUUCCCGCUCGCGCAGACCCACAUCGACAGGAACAACUUUGGCAGCGUCGUCUACUCGUCCUACUACCGCGACAAGAGAUUCCUGCGGCUGCAUUUUCUCGUGCCAUACUACCCGGCCCACGAGGGCACGGGCAAGGAGGAAUGGAUGAGGCGGAAGAUGGCCGUGGCGACCACUGCGAUGGGAUCCCUGCGAAACCUCGCGUCCAUCUACGCGACCGACUAUCAGGGACAACUCCCCUCGCUCAUCCCGACCAUAGUCAACCUACACGCUCCGACGCUGCAGGUGCUCAAGCUGCACAGCCUCCCUGUUUUCACCUCCACCCGACCCAAGGGACUGUUGUAUCUGAACCCAGACCAAAUCCAGCUCAUGGUAAUGCAUUUGACAUCACUCACGCAUCUGGAAAUGGACAUUCCCGCGUUUGGCCCGACCCAGGGUGACAACGACGACCUUGCCGUUACGCCAUUUUCGUCUCCCACUCCCACAACCACGGCAUUGUCAACAUUGAUCCGGUCCAUACCCACAAUGCGGACGAUCAGACUCUGGAUCGAGGUUCCUACCGAGAAAUCUUGCUUCCAAGACAAAUAUACCUCCAUGGGGACGAACCCGCCGCCGCUGAAACAGGAUCAACUAUGCCAGGCGGUCGCAAACUUGUAUGGGCUGCUGAUGGAGCGUGCAGAAGGAGAAGGACAGACCAAGAAAUUGGACUAUCUAGAGGUCGCUUUCACCCGGUUGGACACGUGGGACCGACAAGGCGCUUACCCGAGAUUCUUGCCCGUCAAAUUAAUUCCCUCGGUCUCCAAAGCAGAUGAUGACCACCGACAAGGAGGUAAUGGUCCGAAUGAGGGACUGCAAGGAGGGUUCACCAUUGAGCUGGGCAAGUGGCAGAACGACUACGCAGAGGAAGACAUCCAAGACUUCAUCAGCCACACUGUUGGGUUCAUCCAUUAG